UUUGGUUGAAAGUUGUUGCACUAAUUGGAAAAUUACACCAAUUUAUAUUAUGGUGUGUUUAAAUUGAUUAUUGAUGAAAUUGGUGUUGUUGUUGGCUUGGUUGUUGAUAUUGUGGCCGAGUUGUAAUCUCGGGGUUGCUAUAUAUAUAGGGGAGAUGCUGCCGAAAUUUUUGUAGACAAGUAUUGGAAAAAUUGAAUUCUUAAAGUCUUAUGAAUAGUAAUUGGUAAAUGUGACCAAUUGUAGAUUUUGGAGGAAACGGGAAUUGAAUUUGGACAACCGUAAAACGUCAAAAAGUAAUGCCUCCGAGGAAAACGACGGCUACCCAAAAGGGCAAAUCAGUAGCACCCGGUGAGAUUGGUCAGGCGCACAGAGUUACCAGGGCCCGAUCGAUGCCUGAGAGGGAGACUGUGCCCCCGACAGCCAGCUCUGCUACACCGCCAGAAAUUAGGGCAGCCCCAGCUGAAGAUCAGAGGGCGGAUUCACCAGUAUUUGGAGCCCCAGUACCCGAGCCUCUAGCUCCACAGUCAGGAGCGGAAGGCAGGGCUAUGCAGGAUGCGGUGCAGUUAUUGACUAGGUUGGUGGCUGGACAAGAACACAGACGCGGUUUAGGCGGAGAUCCGGUACACAAGUCUGAUAGUUCGAGGGCUCGUGAGUUUCUGACUUGUAACCCUCCAGAGUUCUUCGGGACAAAGCCCGAAGAGGACCCCCAGGAGUUUGUUAGAGAGAUGCAGCGCACUUUACGUUUGAUUAAAGCUUCUGCAACUGAGUCGGUUGAGUUGGCUUCAUAUAGAUUGCACGAGGUAGCUGCUAACUGGUUUGAGUCCUGGGAGCUGUCCAGGGGUAGACUAGCUUCUCCAGCAGUAUGGGACGAGUUUACAGAGGCAUUUAUCAGUCAUUUCCUGCCUCCUGAGAUGCGUAGAGCCAUAGUGGACAAAUUUUUACAGUUAAGACAGCGAGGCCGCAGUGUUCGCGAGUAUAGUUUGGAGUUCGACUCAUUGGCUCGACAUGACAGACAGAAUGCACAGAUAUGUGAUGGGCCUAGAUCGUUAUCUGGUGGAUAG